GGCAGACCUAGUGGGUGGGCUGAGCCUGAGCGUGUAGGGGAUUUUAACGUUGGCCACCCAACCUCCCUUGGAGUCCCCCGUGCGACCUGACCCUGCGCACCUCUGUUCCUCCUGCACCGUACCCAGGUUCCAUACCGCAUCCUGGUCCCCGCCACGCCCCGGCAGGCAGCAGCAUGGGCUGCGCGCGGGACGCGGGCUGGGUGGCGGCGGGCCUAGUGCUCGGCGCCGGCGCCUGCUACUGCAUCCACUGGCUGACGCGGGGCCCGCGGCGGGGCGGCCGGGGGCGUCGGUUGCGCCCCGCGCGGUCUGCAGAAGACUUAACCAAAGCUUCCUACAAUGACACCCUAAGUGCUGAGCAACUUAAGAAACUCCUUUACCUGCUUAAGUCAACUGAGGAUCCUGUACUCAUUGAAAGAGCCUUAGGUGCUCUGGGUCACAAUACAGCCUUUCGGCUAACCAAUUUCUAAGGACCCAGAAACCACUGAAAAAAGAAUAUUUCCCCAAUUUCCAGAAGUUUUGAAUCACUUGUCCUAAGCAAGGAAGGGUUGUGCCAAGUUGUCAUGCCUGAGGGGAAGGAACCUGUCACAAACACCUUUGCUCUUUGCUGAAAAAAUCCAGUAUCCAGAAACUUUUCCAUGUCUCCAUGGGAACCAACACCUGGUGAGCAUGCAGGUCUGAUCAAGAUACAUACCCUACAAAUGCCCGUGCCAGCCCCCACCUAGCUUCUACAAGGCUUACCUUUAAAAGACAGCGAUAACACUUUCUGCAGUAGCUAUAAAGGCUCACCUUGCCCAAGGUGUUUUUGUUUUCUUGCUUCUCUUGAAAAAAAGUAAAUAAACGUUUACUUCCUUUGCUUUGC